GGACUGGGUCGCCAUAGAGAGAAAACAAAAACGCUGCUUUUAAAUGGCGUUAACGUGCGACAAGAGCACGCGUCUUAUUUUAAUUCUGUCAUGCCUUAAUGUGGUGUAUUUGAUGACAUUAAGCGGUCACGGAUCAUGUCUGGAUGUUGGAUGUCGCCACCAGGGGCGCUGUAUCACACAAGACGCGAGCAAUCAGAGUUGGUGUGAAUGCGACAGAGGAUACAGAGGAGAAUAUUGCGAGAAAGAAACGUACACGGAAAGAAAAACAUACAAUAUAGAAUUCCAAGUCAUUGGGAAGAUAAAUGACUACAGGCGAAAUCGGACAUACUUCGAAGAGGAAAUAUCGACGCUGCUCCUUCAAGUUUACCAAGGAGUUACCGGGAACGGCCUCGUCAACGUUGCCGUAAACAGCGUCAGAGAACGGCAGACCACCGUCUCGGUGAAAUCCACGCUGUCUUUCAUCCUGUUCUUCGACCAGCCCUCGGACGCCAGAAGUUUAAAUCUCCCCGGGGUAUUACUACGGCAGCUGAAGAUGGGGACACUAGGCCCGUAUAACGUCACCACGCAGGCCUUUAUCUACCAACAAGUUCAACCCAGCAAAGAUGGUGGUUUCUUUGGAUCCAAAGCCGUCAUCCAGUACAUGACCAUCACGGCGGCCGCUCUGUUGUUAUUGUUCAGUAUGGUUUUCCUAGCGUGUGCCUGGCUAACCAAGAGAAGAAAUCAAGCCGAGCAGGCAAAGAAAUCUCAGUCAGUUGAAAUAGUUUCAGAUCCGGUCGGUGAGGGUCACCAAGGCGGUCUCUAUGAAGACUUACGGGAAGAGCCGGGCGCCGUAAGUGUCUCCGUCGCAGACCACCUUCCGACUCCACCACCGAGACCCAAAUUGCAGCCUUCACCAAGGCCGCCUGCUAGAGAGGCUACUCUACCAAUCCAACACGCAAGGCGGCUGUCUUACGAGCCUUUUACACGAUACUCCAUAGAGGAAACAGAAUACAUUAACUCUCCCCCUCCUGCUAAAAUUAAUUCGAGAGCCGAGAAGGGGUAUGCUUUACGGGGUAAAGGGCAGAACUUCUACGAAGGAAGAAUUGAGGAGCCUCUUAAACAGUGUUCUUGCGACGAAGCAGAUAAUAAUCAUUCUCUUCCCACCACAGAAAAUGAAUAUGUUCCGAUGACAGGGAGUAUCAAAACUAAAAAAAUAAACAAAAAUGAGAAGGAUCAUGUUGAGUAUAUCAUCAUGAAAGACGACUGCGGCAAAAUCGAAGCAAGCGAUCGGGGGCCCAAGCUGAAGGCGAAACAAAACGACAGUAAUGAAAAUAUAUACAUAAAUAACAACCCUCCCCAGGAGAACGCGUACUUAGAAUUAAUCGAACAGGAAUCUAAUAAUAAUUUCUUCCAAUUUCCAAGACCGGGAAGUCGUCUGCAUGCUAGUAUGGUGGAGUCAUUCGAGAAAACCGCAAUGAUGAAAAGCCCAAGGUCAAGGUUACCCGCGAGCGCAAGGUCAUCGUCAAAGUCACCACCCAGGUCAAGGUCAUCAGUGAUGUCAUCAAAUGGGGGUUAUCACAAAGAGUUAAUGUCAGAAGAGAUUCCAGGCGUUGCAAAUCUUUGCAAGGUUGACUAUAACAGGGGGAAUGGCACCCCUCAUCCUAAACAAAACAACAUCAUUAAAGCCUGCACGCUACCAAGUAAGCUCAUGAAAAAGGAAGUCCAAAACACACCCAACGCCAAAUCUCAAAAUAUUAAACUGAAGUGUGCACAGCAUUCUAAAGCUCCCUCUGAUUCCAGUGUGGUUCACUUAUGGCGAACUCCACGCAAUGAAGUCAUACAGACAACACCUUCAACAAAACGUUACUGCAGACAGAAGAAAACUGACUCUCUUUGUCCACCGCCUGAUGACUAUGGUCCGCCAUUAGAUAAGGAUCUUGGCAUUCACCUUACACCAAGGUCAAAACGCUACAAUAAAAAGGCAACCACAACGUGUCCCGAGGAAGCGCCCUCUUUUGGUGGAUUCAAAAAGAACACGAGUUGUUCUGAUAAAGUCCUUUCAUUUGGUAGACGUAGCAGCGGAGUGGUUAAUAUGGCAUUUGCUGAUGAUCCCGUUGUGGAUCUCAGCCCGCCCAUCACAGUGGAGGAAAAUGGUUAUGAUUUCGUGGAGGAGUACACAGAGAUUGAUGAUGACGAAUGCGAUUCUCCAGAGGAGUACCAAGAAAUUAAUGAUUUCGAUGAAGACGAAGAAGAUCCUAGAAAAGCUGUUCUUCUUCCAAUACGGAUUAAGAAGAAGAAAAGUCUCACUGAUGAAUUACCAGCCUACUUCGCCAAGAUAAAGCCAAAGACAACUCCCAGUGGUGAUAUUAAAGCAUGCUGUAAAAAGUUAACGACCAAGAGUCUCUCUGAUGAUUACGCUAACAUAGAGAGAAGGAAGCUGCCACCAAUACCAUCAAAUAAUUUAAGGCAUUCCAUAGAAAAGUAAAAAUUAUGUUUCAGCCCUCUGAAAGAUUGCUUUUUUCUUUUGUUUUUUGAAGCAGACUGCAACGAAACCAUGAAGUUUAUUCCAUAAGCUGUGUGAAUUUUGCUGGGCAAUUCGGGAAAAAAAGCAUUAUUCUGUGGGUACAGAUUUCUGAAAACUGACCCAAGCACUUAACCAAGCCUACCUAUCAGCGCUGUAAAA